AUGGAUGACGCUAAGAGUGAAGAGAGCACAUGGACUGUAUCUGGGAAGACGCUGGACGUGGAUUACAGCGGGCAGCACAUUGUUAAAGUAACAGAUCGAAGCGGCCAAAACCUAACCUUUCAGAUAUUCCAAGGGGGACGCUACUCGCCAUUGUUUAAAAUCGAAAUACUUCAACAAAUCAAAGGUUUCAACAUGAGACCAGAUGACAUAUACUUCUCCGGAUAUGCUCGUACAGGGACAAACUGGACAUUUGAAAUGAUGAGCAUGCUUCUUAAUGGUAAAGCUGAAACCAUCCAGAAAGCCAGGGAUCUCAUGGAGUUAACUCCUCAUGAUGAACUUGCACAGCUGCCAUCACCACGCAUCGUCAACUCUCACAUGAAGCUGUCCGACUCUCCAAAUGAUGUUACAGCUCUCAAGUGCAAAGUCAUCUACACCCUGCGUGACCCAAAGGAUGUUGCCGUCUCUAUCAUAGAAAAGAGGCAUUUGAUGUUAUCCAGCGAGCCCAUUUGGCGACUGGUCAUGGUGGAGAGAAGUGAUGGUGAAAUAAGCUCCAAGAAAUAUGCUAAGAUGACCCAAGAUGCUCUCUUCAAGAACAUGUGUGCGGAGUGCCAACGCAAGAUAAAGAGACCAACUACGAAAGGCACUGUUGUUAAGCCUAUUGUCAGCAAGAACUUCAAUUCCAGAUGCCAAGUUGAUCUCAUAGACAUGCAGUCAAUGAGCCAAGGACAGUUCAAGUUCAUCAUGGUUUAUCAAGAUCACCUAACUAAGUUCUGUGUUCUUCGUGCCCUUACGUCCAAGCGUGCUGCUGAGGAUCCUGUACGUGCUGUACAAGCACUGUCCGACUUUCUUGGACUUUACAGAAACGAUGAUCUGUGCCGAGCAAUUGCAAAGAAAUGCAGCUUUUCCACAAUGAAAAUCGACAAGGAACCCUUUGCAAUAAAAGUGGACGGAGAACACUUUCUGUACAGAAAAGGAGUUGUUGGUGACUGGAAGAACUGGUUCAACGACCAGAUGUUAGAAGAGUACUACAGAGUGUACGAAGAAAAAGAUGGCGGGGUCCAGAUUCUACGCUACAUAUUCAAGGAGUAA